UUAAUAUAUGUUAUUUAUUCCAUUAAACGAUUCCUUAAUUUUGUAAUAUCAAAAACGAAAAGUCAUCCCAUACAACAUGUAUUGCAAUGUUUUUUACUCAACUCCGCUAAAGUAAAAGAAUUAAAAUAGUAAAAUUUACAGAGCAGUUAAGUCAUAAAUAUACAAACAUAAAUGCUUGCAAUCGAUAUAAAUCCGGCAUAUUUAACAUUGAUGCCGUGAAAAAUGCAAGCAAUUAUCAUGCCUCAAUUGAUACGAAAGAAAACACACAAGUAUCAUUUUAGCGCUCUUCUCUGGCAUCAGAAUCGAACUUUACCGAAUUCCACUUAAAUGUCUAAUUGUAAACAAUACAUGAAGCGUUCGUGUACAUUUAACGCGAUGUCGCGUGGUGUUGCGUGUCAGCUGUGUGCGCGAUACACGCGAGGCCAACUCCACGGCGCUCGUGAACGAGAAUUAGCACGACGGAGUUAGCGCCACUCAUUCACGGAACGGCAGUUUGUAGGCAGCCGUUUUUCGAUUCCUUUUGGCGUUCGCGAAUCGGUCUAUCUCGCGCCGUUCCACCGCGGAGAUAUCUUUCACGCGAAAUUUCUCGUACAAUCUCCGCCAGGCGCACUCUCAUCUGUCGGCUACGGCGUCGCGAUUUGACGAGUUCGGGAGAAACGGCGGCAUGCUCGUCGUUCAAUAGCCUGAAGAUAUCCGAUGGCGCGCGCCAUCGUGGACGUGGCAGCAGUGCUUCAGCUAAAGACCCGUUCAAGGCUUUCUUUCAUGGCGAAUGGUGCGUUACUUGGUGAUUAAUUCGCGCGAACACUUUCCUCGUGUAUCAAACUAGCUACGCGGCAUGUGUCGCGAUGGGCGAAGAUAAUCGCGUGCCCGAUAUUUGCGAGACGUGAUCUCGUGGCUCAGUGUUUGCAGUGAUGCCCGCAAGUGUGAUAUCGAGUAUCGCGCGCAUCCGUGGAUACUCGAGUUACUGACUCUGUUUCUUUCUUUGUCUCGACGAGAUGCAAACAAUACAGUUUUAGCGAGUGUAUAGAUGAACGGCGACUGGGCGUUUUACAGUUUUCGUUUAUCGUGUGAUUUAUCCGAAACACAAGUUUAACGGACAGUUCGGACACGCUAUCAGCAAAAACGUUUGAAAAUUUUUCAAUCUUCUCCACCGCUGAAGAGGUUAAAUAUUAUCGCGGUGGGCGAUUUCGCAACGCGUUAACAGCAGUGCGUCUCGGAGAGCUCGUCUUUCCCGUCUUUCUGCAUGCUUUAUUCGGAAAGUACCAGAGAACGGUGACGUCAUGUACUGAAACAAGCUGUUUUCUCGUAGCAGGUGCGCGUGUCGAAUUUUUGAAAUUGUAAAUUGUACGCACAACUCGUUCAAAUCACUUAUUAUUACCACACUGUGAACGUACAAAGCUGAUUUCGGAGUAGAUCUAAAUUUGCCGAGCAUACAUUGUGUGAAAGUGAACAUUGCUAUGAUACGAUGAAUUUGUGUUGUAUCACAUUAAUACAUUAAUAGCUUAUAAUGUGCAUUUAUGUCUCAAUCGUGUAUAUACGCUUGUAUUAGUAUAUAGAAAUCGUAUAGAAUGAGAUAUUGACUGAAUUAUCACAGCGCAAAUCAAUUCCUGCAAAUUCUUUGUAUCCAAUGUGCUGCGUGUAUAAGUGCAGCAUACAUUAAUUGAGAAAAGGACAAAUAUCAGUGUAGAUUACUUGUUAGUUUGACACAACAAUAUGGAUUCCGAAGAAGAAACACUUUACGAUGACGUCGACUCUGGUAAUGAGUCCAGUGGCGACGAUGUUGACUUUGCCAUGGAAAUAGAAUCUGGUAAUCCACGCGAGCGGGCUACCGAUGUCGAUGAAUAUCCCUUUGAAGUACUUUCCACGGAAGAGAUUGUACAGCACAUGGUUGAUUCUAUAAAGGAAGUCAACACUGUUGUCGAAAUACCAGCAACGACUACACGUAUUUUAUUAAAUCAUUUUAAAUGGGAUAAAGAGAAAUUGAUGGAACGUUUUUACGAUGGCGAUCAAGAAAAGUUAUUCGCUGAAGCACGUGUCAUUAAUCCAUUUAGAAAGGGUCCUUUAAUAAGCAGAAAUCGAUCCUCUCAAAGUUCUCUGUCCAAAAGAACGACAAAUGGAACAGAGGAAUGCGGAAUCUGUUUUAUGAUCCUGCCAUCUUCAAUGAUGACUGGUCUCGAGUGUGGACAUCGUUUUUGUACUGGUUGCUGGGGCGAAUAUUUGACGACUAAAAUUAUGGAGGAAGGAGUUGGACAAACAAUUGCAUGCGCUGCUCAUGCUUGUGACAUUUUAGUUGAUGAUGCCAGUGUUAUGCGGCUUGUCAAAGAUUCCAAAGUUAAACUAAAAUAUCAACACUUAAUUACUAACAGCUUCGUAGAAUGUAAUAGGUUAUUGAGAUGGUGUCCCUCUCCCGAUUGUAACAAUGCUGUUAAAGUGCAGUAUGUAGAAGCAAGACCUGUUACUUGCAAAUGCGGACAUAUUUUUUGUUUUCAUUGUGGUGAAAACUGGCAUGAUCCUGUAAAAUGCCAUUUACUCCGUAAAUGGAUCAAGAAGUGCGAUGAUGAUUCCGAGACAUCAAAUUGGAUCGCUGCUAAUACAAAAGAGUGUCCCAAAUGCAACGUUACUAUCGAGAAAGACGGUGGGUGUAAUCACAUGGUUUGCAAAAAUCAGAAUUGUAAAACUGAAUUUUGUUGGGUGUGUCUUGGACCUUGGGAGCCACAUGGCUCCAGCUGGUACAACUGUAAUCGUUAUGAUGAAGAGGAAGCUAAAGUAGCCAGAGAUGCGCAAGAGAAAUCCAGAUCAGCUUUACAGAGAUAUUUAUUUUAUUGCAAUAGAUAUAUGAAUCAUAUGCAAUCACUGAAAUUUGAGAGUAAAUUGUACGCCAGUGUGAAGGAAAAGAUGGAAGAGAUGCAACAGCAUAACAUGUCGUGGAUUGAGGUACAAUUUUUAAAAAAGGCAGUUGACAUUUUGUGUUCCUGUAGACAGACUCUUAUGUACACUUACGUCUUUGCUUAUUAUGUGAAAAAGAACAAUCAGUCUGUGAUCUUUGAAGAUAACCAAAAGGAUUUAGAGAGCGCCACAGAGUGUCUCUCUGAAUAUCUUGAAAGAGAUAUUACGAGCGAAAAUCUUGCAGACAUUAAACAGAAGGUUCAGGAUAAAUAUAGAUACUGCGAUAGUCGAAGAAAAGUGCUUUUAGAACAUGUCCACGAAGGGUAUGAGAAAGAAUGGUGGGACUACAAGGAAUAGAGAAUUUUAACUAGUUUUAUUUCUUGGGGUGUGACACAAGUUCUCUUCCUUCCCACCUCUGCCCCAGCUGUGAUAAACCAAGAAAGAGCUAAUAAGAGACAGAAAUGGAGCAUGUCACAAAGUGAUAAAUGUGUUAUAUGCACUGUGGCCACCACAUAUAAUGUCGUUUAUGAUGAAUAUUGAAAUCGAUCUAUUAAAAUUUCAUCCGAUCAUCAACAAGUUGAUUGGACAAUAUUUUGAUUUGCGCUUGCUGUGUGUUGUAUAUUAUUGUAGAUCAUUGAUCCUUGAUAAAAAAAAUGCCCUAUUGUUUUAGAUAACUGUAAGAAGAUUAGUUAUAUUAACAAAUGCGCCGCGUCAUUAAUAUCAGACAUGCGUUGUAAUACAAAAUUACUCGACUAAAAGUUCACUUAUAUUUUACUUGACAUAUUUUAUCGAUACUUGUCGAUUGUACGCUUUUUAAAUCCUAAGAACUUAUUAAUUUUCUUCCCAUUAUAAUUUUAAGGAUAGCUGUUUAAAAUGUAAAACAAAUCAGGUACAACUAAGAUGAAUUUAUCUGAACUGUUUUGCUCUAUUUUGGACCACGAUACGUCCAGGCUACAACUGCCAAUCUUUAAGAAACACUAAAUUACCAUAUGCGUAUCGUCAGUGCUAUGUAAUCAAUUUUUAAUGGUUGAGUUUUCCCUGCUCUUGCUUGUGUAUUGUUUCAAGAGAAAGUUAAAUAUAUUUUAAAAUAUCUUGUGCAAGACAGUGAAAAUAUAGCCAGUUUUCUCUUUUU